ACAAUGGCUGCGGAAAAUGCCAACAUCUCUACCACUGUGGCGGAUUUUUUAACUAACACAACUACUGUUUCUGCAAAUAACACCAUACAAAUCACAGAGGCUCCCUCUGGUGACGGACAAGGGGCAGGAGCAGGCGCCAUUAUAGGUGCGAUUUUCGGAGUACUGCUCGGAGGUGUUAUUUUGGGAGGAGCCUUGUACCUUCUGAUACGCUACAAGAGGGCCCAAGCUGCCGAGUACAACAGGUCGGUCCAAGUGCAUAUGUCUUCGACUCGCAACGCGGGCGUUUAUGUAGACCUUGCCGAGCCUUCCGACCUUCCUGUUCAAAACAGAGACUAUACCUCUCUCAAACAACAAAAUAAUACAGCCAAAAAGGAUCGCCUGAUGCAGUCUGAUCUCUAUGAGUAUGACAGUGAUGAUGAAGUUGCUGUGUACAACUGAGACGCUUGGCAUCGGAAAUAACUCUGGAUUAACAGGUCUCAUGAUUGAGAAAAGCAGUCCAUGAAUAAUAAAUACAUCCUGGAAGAUGAUAAAUGUGUUGAACACACUUUUAAAAAAAAGACGACGAGGUAUACUCGGGUGUUUCCAAGGGUGGUCGAGUGGAUAAUUCGUAAAGCACACCUUUGGAAUAGAACAAAGAGAAAAAAACGCAGCAUAAUCCAGGUGUUCAUAUUUUAAUAUGAUUUUGAGAGCCAAUGAUCUAAAAGCUCACAGAUCAACUCUGAAAGGCAGUAUCUGGAGUUGAUAUUGACGAUCAUCAGGGAGACGUGGAGAGGACACUGGCCGAAGCCUUAGGGUACCCACUGGAAAUUAGGGCCUAUUGCCAACAUACACAGUGUCUCUGUUACAGAGUGGUUUUCCAGAAGAUCCCAUUUUCCCCAGACGCAGCUCGGUGGUCGUUGACCAUCACCUUUCUGUAAAGAACAAAUGACGAAAACCGGAAAAUGGUGGCGUGUGGAAAGUGCAUGCACCAGAAGAGAUAUUGUGUGUCUCAGGAUCCGAUAUCCACACGUCGCCGGUCGGUGGGAAUAGUUUCAAGAAAAGGUGGAGUGUGUGCCCGUGUUACUCGGAACUAAUGUGGCGACAGUGAUGCGGGUAGUCAUGAGGCGGAGAAGUUGCUUUUUAGCGGACGGAAUUCAUGUCACCAAUAAUCAAAGAGAUGAAUAUAGUAACAGUCAAUAUUACAUUGUACGUAUAUCACGGAUACAUUGACUAUACAGCUUUAGGUGGAAUGGCCUGUCGCUGGUUUGCUCUGUCUUGGUCGUAGCCCGGAAGACACAUUGCGGCUGUCCAGAUACCCUCUCGUGGCACACACGUUGAUGCCAUACGGCCAUGCGGAAAAAUAUGGCUGUAACCCUCUCGGUAGAACAGUUGAUUAUACUCGUUUAUUGUAUACGGCCUUAUGCCUGUAGGAUGCAGGGGUUCUACCCCGGAUGACCCUGUGCUAAGUCAGGUGGAUUAGCGAGUGGGCGUCGAGAGCCCAGAUCGUUGACCUGUGAUCAACUCGUAAUACCGGUUCACCAGACGUCUACGAUAAACAGAUACCCUAUUCACAGACGGCGUGAAAUUGCCAAUAAGGAUAUCUUGGUGGCCACAGCGAAUGCAGCCAAAGAGCAUAGAGCACAUUAACUGAUAUGCUGGAUUAAUACAAGGUAUUCAGUUUGCAUAGAGAGAAGGAAUGGUGCCAUAUAUUUCGGGUCGCCUAUUGGCUCCUGCGAAUUGUACAUGACAAAGGCUGGCUUAGUGAAGCGACCGUCUACUAUAUAUUGAGAUGUAUGUUAUUUUAACAAAACAGUGAACCGGCAGGGGAAAAUUCUUUUGUCCUUAGGUGAAAUAAUAAAUAAAGCUAAUCAGGGAACCUCAGACGACCUUUCUUGUGGGCAGUGCCGCCAGAGAUGUAUUCAGUUUAGGCGGAAAAUCUGUUGACGUAGAUAAUACCAUAGCUCGGACUCAAGGUGAAAAGUCGACACCACAGACCAGGUAAAUGUUGCAUGUAUAAAAAAUUUUACCAAACCUCGACAGAAACGAAUACGACUUUUGAAGGUAAAUGUCAAAGAUAAAUAAACAGGUUCAUAUAAAUUGCCAUGGCUAGAGGUUGCCAGGCUAUUUUACAUGAUAAAGUCACUUGGGUGUGUGUAUGCAAAGCGUCCUAAGCAGUGCAUACUAGUAUACGCCUGCACGCGUACAAUAACCAUCCGGAUAUUUAAUAGGAAACUAUUUUCAUACUGAUCGUUUUUGUUGUGAAAAAUACGUGUUUUUUAUUUCAGAUAAUAUUUUGGAACAGUGAGUAUUCUUUGUGUGUAGCCUGUAAUUUAUGUUUUUUUAAAAUGGUCGUUUGCUUUGUCAUUUUUAAUGUGGCUUCAUAUUUCCCAAUGUAACAUAUAUACACAGUUUAAUGGAUGCCUUUGUGUACCAUACAUGGUGGAUCAUGAGUAUUUAUGUUCUUUGAAUGCUUGCCAGGAUCCAGGAAUAUAAUGUUUCUUGCAAUUCCUCUCUGCUAGUCUCCCGCGCAUCUUCCCGAGAUUUUUAACUUUACAAGUCUUCGUCAUCACGAUCUCAGUCUGAAUGUGACGAUCAUACACCUGUAUGGAAGGCAUACCUACAUAUAUGUGCUUACUUGUGUAUCCAGAUCCCUUCAUGGUAAAAUGGUUAUUGUGACAAUAUCGGUGGAUUGAUGAAUCCUUUUAUCAAUUAUUAGCUGCAUUAUUUGUAAAUUAUUAAGUAAAUACUUCUUCGGAGCACCGUUAUAUACUUAACUGGAUUUCAAAGGCGAACAGGAAUCUUUAUGGGGCCUUAAGAGCCCAUGGCCAAUUCUGUGGAAUUUGGUUACACCUUAAUUUGGAAGUGACUUUAGACUUAACUUCCAUACACUUUCGUAAGCCCAUUUUAACACCUUUGCGUCGUUGAUUACAUGGACUUACGUCUUGCUAACAAAAGACAAAAGUGUGCUCAACUAAAGUUGUGAUAUACGAAAUUACGAAGUGAAAAAGCGUUCUGCGCAUAUGUAUUCUGAGACUCUAUCAAGAGGCUUGUUAUCACUGCUACAUACCAGGACUAACCAUACAUGUUCGCCAGCUCUGGGGUAAUCUUAGCUCAGCUGAUGGGAAUUCAAAUAAGCAUGACGUGUGGCAAGGAAGUAAACUGAAUCACAAAGGAAUUGAAUGAUUUUGUGUCGGAAUGGAUUGACAGGUUAUCCCCUGAUGAUUGAAAGAGACUGACAGAUCUAUUAAACACGUAUGUGGUAAUAUCACUACACGUGGUGUGAAUGGUAACACUGCCUUCAACCAGUUGACCGGUUUCCACUCACCAUAAUGCUGGCCGCCGUCGUAUAAGUGAAAUAUUCUUGAGUAUGACUUAAAACACCAAUCAAAUAAAUAAAUUAAACCACUUGAUACAGCUGCAGGUAGAUCCACUUUGACUGUAGUGCACUUCUGUGUAUAGGGCUGUAUAGAGAACGUGUGUUAGGUUGAUAGCACCAGACAUUCUGUAUUACAUGUAGACGAAGACAGCGCACGCCAAAACCUUUGUUAAGCAGGUUGUGGAUGAAUCUGGUGUAUGUUAGCAGCGACAAGCAUCACUAUACAAGUAGCUCUGUCGUUUUAUCAGUCGGUUGGCCGGGCUAAUUUUUAACAUCUUGUCUUUUAACACCGGCCAUUCACGUAAUGAGGGUCCUGGGUGCACGAUGACCUCAACUUUUUGCGGGCUGUCGCCUCUUAUUGCGAAUUUGCGCUUAGUUUUACAGUUUCGGAAUUGACGCACUCGCGGCCCAACUCGCGGACCUUUGUUGUAUUUUUCACAGCACUUGUAUGCAGCACUAUGUUAUACUGCUUAGCGAACUUUUAAAAAAAGAAUAUUCAAAGUGGUCGGAACAUUACAAUCGCUGUUUGACAAAAUCAGCUUCAUAAUCCAUUAUAUGAUAAUGAUAUAUGCACUGAUACUCCUCAUGACUUUUUCCUUAUGACUUUUGUAUACAAAACAUUGGCAAAUUCAAGUGUUAUAGGAGAAUAUAUUUGUACUCUGUACGUAUCAUCAGUAUUACCAUGCCCUAUCUUCUAUACAGGUACCAUCAUUUGUAAGCACAAGGCAGGGAACGCUAGAACAUGUAGUCUAAACAUCACCAGUAUACCAGUGAUUCAUUUCUGAUCACAUUGUACCUUUAUAUAUGUCCAUCACAUUUGCUAAGCUCUUCGUAUACGUGUAUAAAACAAACCAUGCAUGAAGGUAAAUGUUGUAUGUAAUAUAAAAGAACUCCGCAACCAUAAUAUUGCUGUAGGGUGUCACGAUUUCGUGUAACUGAAUUCCCUUGCUGAAAGAAUUUAAUAUAAAUGAGUUUUGCUAAUAAAAUAUCUUUUUGACAAA